ACUUUAUCUUUUUUUCCCCCUUACUGUGCUAAUCCACAUAGCUACAACUGUUUCUUCUUCAGCAGAAAAUUCCAAUAAAGACCUGUAAAAGAGCAGUUCAUAUCAUCAAAUAAACAUUACAUUAAUUGGCAUAUUAGAGAGGUUUAGAAGAUGGCAACAACAUGGUUUUACAUCUACUUCUUGGCUUUAAUUUCUCCAAUAUUACUGAUCAUUCUCAACCUUCCAAGCAGCUUUGGUGAAAAAAAUCCAACCAGCUUGUUCAUCUUCGGUGAUUCACUGUAUGAUGCUGGAAACAACAACUACUUUCUCACUCCUUUACGAGUAAACCACUGGCCUUAUGGAGAAACCUAUUUUCAUUUCCCCACUGGUAGAACUUCCAAUGGCCGUUUGAUUCCUGACUUUAUUGCUGAGUAUGCAAAAUUGCCAUUGAUUCCACCAUGUUUGCAACCUGGAAUCAGCUACAAUUAUGGUGUGAACUUUGCAUCGUUAGGGGCUGGUGCUCUGCAGGAAACCAAUAAGGGCUCUGUGAUAUCCCUCAAUAUUCAGCUAAGUUAUUUCAAGAACGUGGAAAAGAAUUUGAGGCACAAACUAGGUGGUGAAGAAGCCAAGAGAUUUCUGUCCAAAGCUGUUUACAUAUUUAGCAUCGGUACCAACGACUACAAUUCAAAAACCACUCCAAUUCCAUUCCACUCUCAAGAAGAAUAUGUCGGCAUGGUGAUAGGAAAUUUGACAAAUGUUAUCAAAGGAAUAUACAAUAAAGGAGGAAGGAAAUUUGGGAUUCUAAACCUGGUUGCUAAAGGUUGUUUUCCAGUUGCCAGAGCACUUAGAUCUGCAGGAAGUGAAGGUUCCUGCAUGGAUGAAUUCUCAACAGCCCGGAAACUACAUAAUACAGCACUUUCCAAAGUCCUUGUGGAGCUGGAAAGGCAGCUCAAAGGUUUCAAAUAUUCGGAGACUGAUUUCUAUACUGCUUUCAGUGAAAGAAUUAAUAACCCAUCAAAAUAUGGUUUCAAGGAAGCAAAGACAGCAUGUUGUGGCUCUGGUCCAUACAGAGGACUUGGAGGGUGUGGAGGGAAUAACAAGUAUGAAUUAUGUGAUACUCCUGAUGAUUAUCUGUUCUUUGACCCUGCUCAUCCCUCUGAGAAGGCCAACGAGCAAUUUGCGAAGCUGAUGUGGAGUGGAAACUCUCCUCUCAUUUGGCCUUACAAUCUUAAGACACUAUUUGAACUUCAAACACAAUGAAAUUUUGAGUUUCAAUAGCAAUGUAGCUUUUUUUUUAAUAUAUAAAAAAUAAAAUAAAUAAAAACUAAAUAUAUUUCCCUUCCUGAA